UAUUACUAUUGGCAGAGCGCAGUGCGGGCCAGAUAUGUUAUUAUUAUUGUUUUAUUAUUAAAAGACAAAUGUAAUGGAGUCUGCGUCGGGUUCACCGAUGCCCGUGCAGCGACUAGUGGUGUGCUUUGUCUCUUUCGUUUAGCGCUCCGCUGUUCGCCCCGCCCCCUCCCCCGGCUGCCUGCGUUGGGCGGGGGUCAGCUGACUGGCUCACGUGACCCGGUGUGUAUGUCUGAGAAUGGCUGAGAUGUACUGAGAGCUGCCCCGAGCUCCGAGCGGAUCGUGUAACCGAGAGCCAGGCCUGGGAGGGGGACAGGGGACUGUCACAGCGUGCCAACAGCGGCUCCUGCUCACCUGCUCGGCCUGCUGUGAGUAUCCCGGCCCGGGCGGACAGUGUGUCAAUGGGCCUGCUCCUCCAUUACUGGGGAAUGGGGGGCAUUCUGCUCCAAGCUGGACAGCUGGCUGGGUGUGUGUUCAAUGUAUUGUCUGUCUCUGUGUGUUCAAUGUAUUGUGUGUGUGUGUGUGUGUGUGUUCAAUGUAUUGUGUGUGUGUGUGUGUGUGUGUUCAAUGUUGUGUGUGUGUGUGUGUGUGUGUGUGUGUGUGUGUUCAAUGUAUUGUGUGUGUGUGUGUUCAAUGUAUUGUGUGUGUGUGUGUGUGUGUGUGUGUUCAAUGUAUUGUCUCUGGUUUCUUUCUCAGUGAACGUUCAAAAUGCAUCUAUUUCUGUCUAUAGAGGAUUAUGGGAUCUUGCUAGAAUGUCGAUUUUUAUAUAUCAGCUCUAAUUAAUUAUAUAUAUAUAUAUAUAUGUGUGUGUGUGUGUGUGUGUGUGUGUCUUUGAUUAUGAACUUAUUGUCUUCCAUUGUAUACAUCUCUCCCCCCCAAAUAAUAGGACAGAUCUGUCACUUUUGGGGUUUGCAUAAUUUGCAAAGACCAACAAAGGUAGCUCUCCAGUGAGGGUUUAGUGGCUGCGGGGUGCAGUGCAAGGUAUGUAUAUUUACCUGAUGUUGUCCCCCAUGACUGUCUUCAGUUUCUGAUGUUUCAUCUGCCAGGAGCCACAUCAGUGCUGUCCUCUCGCACAUUCUAUAGAGAACAAAACUGAUAUCUUUGGGGGAUCCCACAAGACCUAGGGAGCUUCCAUAUAUGCAGUCAGCAUAAGUGUUUAAGAAAGGUUAUAUUAUUAUUUAUUUAGCACCAACAAAUUCCGCAGCACUCUACGAUGAGUGGACUAACAAACACUUAAUGGUAAUCAGAUGAAUUGGGCGCAGUAACAGAGGGGUUGAGAGCCCUGCUCAAUGAGCUUACAUGCUAGAGGGAGUGUAUCUUUAUGAAAUAUUGCAAGGCGUUUCUUUUAGUGCUUCUGAGCUAAACCCUACGAGGCCAGCUUAUUGAUUGAGAGUGAUCAGGUGAUACUCUAAGCAAAUCUCUCGGUUUAAUCCUGGCUAAAAAGGUAUAAAAACUUGCCCUCUUCCAGCGCUGUGCAAGUCCGGUCUAUGCCUGCUCCGCCUCCUUGGCUGAGAUCAUCAUAAAAGCCAGGCUGUUGUACAUGUGCAACAUUGCUACAGUAACCAACAUCUCCUCACAGAAAUGCAUUGAAUCAAUGAGGAAAGUUUAGCGCCUCCAUGCAGGGUGUGGAAACACUAAAUGUGUGACCCAGGUAGCACCUCUAGUGACCGACUGAGUGACUGCCACUAGAGGUCUUACUAGGCAGUAAUGUUUACAUUAAAAAGCCUGCAGGUACAAGCUGUAGAAACCAGAACAAUUACCUUAGAGGACCACUCUAGGCACCCAGACCACUUCAGCUUAAUGAAGUGGUCUGGGUGCCUGGUCCAGCUAGGGUUAACCCAUUUUUUAAUAAACAUAGCAGUUUCAGAGAAACUGCUAUGUUUAUUAAUGGGUUAAGCCUUCCCCCUAAUCCUCUAGUGGCUGUCUCAUUGACAGCCGCUAGAGGCGCUUGCGUGCUUCUCACUGUGAUUUUCACAGUGAGAGCACGCCAGCGUCCAUAGGAAAGCAUUAUUAAUGCUUUCCUAUGUGACCGGCUGAACGCGCGCAGCUCUUGCCGCGCGUGCGCAUUCAGCCGACGGGGCGGAACGGAGGUGGAUCGGAGGAGGAGAGCUCUCCGCCCAGCGCUGGAAAAAGGUAAGUUUAAACCCCUUUCCUCCUUCCAGAGCCGGGCGGGAGGGGGUCCCUGAGGAUGGGGGCACCCUCAGGGCACUAUAGUGCCAGGGAAAACGAGUAUAUUUUCCUGGCACUAUAGGGGUCCUUUAAUCUGUAGUGGUUCUGGUAACUAUAGUGUCCCUUUAAUCCCAUUGCUGGGAUAAGCCCAAUACAGAGAGCUUCUGACUCUCAUGGAGGCUGAGACUGGUGCCUGGCGGGACCCAUGCAAGUUGACCAACCAUUAGCAAAUGGCUUGACUACUUACAUGGGGUUGCACCAGGGAACUCAUGCACUGCUUUAGUGCUUGGAGUGUUGAUUUAAAGUCUUGAGUAUCAAAAUAAUUUCAUUUCAUUGAAGUGAUAUAUGCUGCUUUGCUCAUGAAAGCAGAGCUGUUUCUGAAAACAGAGCAGACUAACAGCAAGAAUGCGGCUUUUGGACCAAUAGAUUGUUAUUAAAUCUGUUUUACACUUGGCAAAAAGAAACAUUUGACAUCAGAACGCUGUCUGUCCAAUGCUUCACUAUGGAUUUGUGGAUUGGGUGAUAGUUAUGCAUGCACCAUGUCCUUGUUACUUCUCUGUAAGAAACAUCUGAUUAAACAAAGGUCAAAAAUCUUUAUGAUCCCUCCAGUGGAGGAUUACAACAAGGGGUCUGUCUCGCUCUGAAUUAAAGAUAUGUUUAAUUUAUUUUUCUCACAGAAAUCCAAAUUAUGUAUAUGACCUUGACCUUCGCUUAAGGAUGCAUUCUCAAUUUAUUUAGUGACCUGCUUCUUGAAUUGUAAUUUCAUAUAUAAAUUCUGUAAGCCCUCUUCUUUAGAUCUGAUUAGCAAAAUAAAAUGGACAUAAUAAAGAGUAAAGCCUAUCUUUUUAGAGUACUCAAAUUCUUCUUGGAAUGUUGCCAUACAAGUCCUGAAGAAUUAAGGAAUUAUCAAUCUGUUUAACAUGCAGCCUUCCAGAAAUGUGGAGUAAAUGUUCAGUGAUGGCUCGGUUUGGUGAUUGAAGAGACCAUAGAAGACCUGCUAACAAAUUUUUCAAUUGUGGCGGAUCAGAAAAGAUUUGCUAUUGUGUGGACAAAAGAGCUUUGAUGGAAAUAUAGCAGGUUUGGGAAAAUGUAGGCCAGAAUUACAGGACUGGAAACAAUUUAAUUUCUUUGUCAGAUCUCCAUAAUGCUCAGUUUAAUGAGCCUCUUUUGAUUUCAACUUUGUGCCUGCAAAACCCCUCUUGAAUUUGAUUAACAUUUUGCAUUGAGGUAUCAGCAUUCUGAAAUAAUGUAACAUUACAAAGUGAUAACACAAUGGCCUAAUUUCUUAACCAUAUUAUAAACAUGCAUUCUUGUCUACAUCACUAUGCAAGUUUAAAAUAGUUUUUGCUGUCUGUUUUCAAGUCUUAGAUGAGUUAAUUUGUAAAACAGAGAAAUGGUAGUAUACAAAUGUAUAGCCAUAAUGAAAACAUGAAAUGUGUCUGCCUGCCUAUGUAUUAUAAUGAGUAUGGCAAAGUCUUCAGGUAUAUUCCUUUAGUGAGGUAGAAAAAUCGCAAAAAAAUCCACGUAAUGAAUGGGGAAACUGUAUGCAGCAUAUUGUAAUUCAUAGUGUGCUGCUGCUAUUACAUUGCUUGAGGGAGGAGACGUGGUACACAGUGAGGAUUUUGGAUGCUGUUUAUUUUAUUUAUUUGUAGUGUUUACCAGUAGCGUAGAACAAUGAUUUGCGACGAGUGUGUCGCAAGCCAUCAGAACAUACAAAUAUGCAGAUUUUUAUCCAAAUGUUCUGAAAAGUGAUGGUUAUAGGAACACAAUAACAUUAGGAAUACAAACUUGUAAGCAGAGUACACACACUUGUAAGAUUUUUAUUUCUUCCAUUGACGUGUGUCUUAGUCUAAAAUAGACAGGGUCGUGCUAAAGCUUUAGGAAAACAGUUUUGUGUUCCUUUAAGUUCUAUAUUUACAGUGUGACCAUGCUGUUUUUCCAUAACAUUUGCACUAACAUAUAAAGCAUUUGGUAUUGUGUUCUUUUUGGUGUUAUACAUAUUUUAAAUAGCAGUAAGCAGAAAAGUAUUCCUUUUGAUGUAUGGUCCAUUGUCUGAUUUUUGUUGUAAUAGGUAAUCAGUAUUUGUUUAUUGGGAUUCUUGUUCUUACUGGAAGUCUUCUUGUGCUACUCUGUUCCUGCCAUUUAAUAAAACAGUAGGCUAUUGUACAGCUUCAUUCUGCCAGCCUUUCCAAGCGAGAAAUAGAUAAUAGUUGUCUCCACAGUGGCAGUAUGUUUUCUGAUUACCUUUGUUUCAUGGUAUCUGGUAUUGCUUAACAUUCUGAAGGGAAGUAGGGCCUAUAAUUUAAGGAACAAGCUAAUUCUGAUUUCCUUAUUGUAGAUUGAAUUCAUCCAUUUUGUUUCAUCUUGACACACAACAUUCUAGGAGUGUAGUACAAGUUUAGUCCUUUUAUUAAAUGUUUUACAAUAUGCUUACUAUGAACUUCACAGAUAGUUCCACAUUUAGGAGAAUAAAGUGCCUAGCUUGCUUGGUUCAUAAAAGAUGUACACCAAUGCCUUGGUUUUACUUUUGUUUAUAUGCAGCAGAUUUUUGCUUUUAUUUUGACACUCUAAGGGUUACUUAUUUAAGUGAGAAUUAUCAGGACUUUAUUGCUUAUUUCACAUUCAUAGAAACAUUCCAUAGGAAAAAAAUAUCCUGGUUUUUCACUUAAAAAGAAAAUUAGGAUAUAUUAAAAAAAAAAAAGGCUUCCAAAAGCUGCAGACCUACUGUCCGCAGCCUUUACAAGCCGUCCCCUCUUCCCCCAGCACAGACUUGCAGUCUGUGGCAGGGAAUACUCCAAUCAGAGACCUAUAUUAGCCAAACGGGAAGCAUCGCUAACUUGGAGACUGUUUCAGUUCACCUGUUCUGGUAUUAAAUUUGAAAUUCACCAUGCUUUCCCAAUAAUUCUCACUUUAGUGACUAAUCCUCCCUGUGUUUUAAUAUUUUCCAUUGCUCAUUAGAACCAAAUUUGGCAUUACUUAUCAUUUAUUCAUGUAUGAUGUUGUUCAAGGUGAAUAUUCCUAUUACAUUUUGUAAGUGUGUUUGACUUACAUUAUUCCCAGUCUUUUAACAGUCCUGCAAUAUAUUGUAAUUUCUGUGUGCUGCAAUUUUUCUUUACAUAUUCUCCACGAUUGUCAUUUAAUAGAAAGCAAGUACUAUAAGGCUUCAAAUCACUGUUCAGACUCUAAUAUUCCCUACAUUAGGUUGACAGUGAAAGGUGAAUUGAGCAGUAUUACAGGAGAUGUUAUUAAUUUCUUCCUGUCUGCUCUAGUUUUCUUUAAAACAUGAGACAAAUCAGGGACUAUUUGUCUUAUGUAUAUUUCCUACACCUGACCAUCUAUGACCAGCAGAGGGGCAAAGUGUGCUCCAUUUCCUGUGGUCAGAGCAAUUUUCCCACAAUUCUAACCUUUCCUCCGUGAUCUCGCCUCUUUUCACUAUUCCUGAACAUCCUGUCAUGUAGACAGAACGCCGACGAAACUACCGAUUUUCGCCCUAACAGAAUGAGAACAGAUUGUUCAUUCAUGUUAGGACGACAAACGGUACUUUUAGGUCGCUUCGAUAUUUUAUUCGAAUGAUCCGUGCUGCGUCUGCAUCUUGCAGCCACUUAGUAGAUAGCUCCCUGAUACUGUGGGAAUUAGGGAGCUAUCUACCAAAAGGCUGAAAGACCAAGAUUGGUCUUUCAGCCAACUUUACUAAUAUUGGUGCUGAUCACGGUUAUAAAAAAAUAAAUAAAGCAGACCCCCCCAAUAAAUGGCCCCAUGGUGGGGCAUCUCUUAACUAGCGGGGGACGAGGACACCACAGUGUUCCCACACACGUGCCCCGCGAGUGGGGGUCUAUUCAGCUUUUUUUAGGUGGGGGGGACUAUAGGCUUGGGGACCACUAGUCACUCCUGGAGGGGGGGGUGAUUUUUACAUUUAGCCCCCACCUGUCGUUUAUGGGUGGGGGUUGGGGGGAGGACAAUAGGUUCCCCCACCCUUUUCAUUUAGGGCCUCCAUCCGCCGCUCAUGGGUGGGAGCCGGGGUGACAAUAGGUCCCCCCCAAUGUCUUUUAGGGCCCCCACCCGCCACUCAUGGGUGGGGACGGGGGAACACGACAAUAGGUCCCCCCAUGUCUCAUGUCUUUUAGGGCUCCCACCCUAUGCUCAUGGGUGGAGGCUGGGGGGGGGGGAGGACAAAGGGUUCCCCCUUUUUCAUUUAGGGCCUCCACCUGCCGCUCAUGGGUUGGGGCCGAGGACAACAGGUCACCCCCAUUGUCUUUUAGGGCCCCCACCUGCUGCUCAUGGGUGGGGGCUGGGGUGAGGACAAUAGGUUGCCCUUCUCUUUUCAUUUAGGGCGUCAUCCCCCCGCCGCCCAUGGGUGGGGGCAAAGGAGGACCCUGUGCCCCCCCAUUUAGUUGCAUAGCCCCCACUCGCAAAGAUCGCUGCUCCCACUCUUCCAAGGAUCCACAUUUGGACACACAUGACAUGUUCCUGCCUACACCUCAGGCUAUCUCCUCAACUACAACAGACGCAGCUGAAACUUCUGCAGCUCCCAAAAGGGACAUACAAGACCUCGUCUCCAAAAUCAAGCGUGUGUUCGCAGCAGACUUGGAGACACAAAGGGAGGAACAUCCGGAAUGUUCCAAAGGAUGAGCCUUGCAUCCAGACAUGGGACGUGGACUCCACAGUUCCCUUUGUGCCAACGAAUGGUCCUAGAAGGAAUUUCCGUGGGUUAUGCCCAUCUUGUUUUUCUGCCCUGGGGUUUCAUGGGCCCUGGGUUUACCCUAUAAAGUUGUUUAUUAGGCUGUAUUUAGCCCAGCUAAAAGAAAAUUGUUGCUUCUAAGUUAUUUUUUUUUACAAGUUUAUAAAAGUCAUAUAUUUUUUUUCUACCCCUGCCCAUAGUGAGAUCUGUCCCAAAUUAAGCUUCCUUUCAUUAUGUGUUUUGGUUUACCAUUUGGGUAGUCCCUUUGUAUUCAACAAUUAGAUUUGGCACACCUCCACUUCUAAGUUCUGCUAAUGUUGUAUCAGUGGAAUUGGUCUAUUGCAUUAAAGUAUUGUUUCAGAUAUAUUUUUAAAUCUGAGUCCUGUUUUAAAAUAAAAUAAAGAAUGCAAAAGUGUUUUAUUCUUACUUGUGUAUAUAUAUUGUGUCUUUCUUUGUGAAAAAAGUGGCCUUAUCGCCUCUUACAAUUUAGUUUGGUGGUAAAUUUACUUGGGUUUCCACCAGUUCUGGUAGUCCAUAAAGCCAUGCCUGUAUGCAUUGCCAGACUUCAAACUAAUUGUCAUCCUAGUAAAUAGUAAACAUAAUAGUAAAAAAUAAAAUCAAGACACAGAGCUGGUUUUACAGCCAUGUGUAUAUAGCAGACAUCCUGAGGUUUUUGCCCUUACACUAGUGCAUGGAUCCUGGAAAAUGUAUUGGUCUAAGUAUCAGCUGACUUUGUCAGUGAGGCAGACACUUCAUUUCAGACUGUGCUGGAGUAAUGUUGAAAGCUUUAUAAAUACAAAAUAUAUUGAGUAAGAAAUAUUUGCUAUGCAUUCACAUUUGUAGCAAGAAGUAUCUUAAAAGCACUUUUUCUUUUGGACAAUAGAAUUCACCAGAUCAUUAUCAGCUUUUCUUUGUAACUAUAGACCAAUAUAUGAACCUAAAUGAUCAUUGCAAGCAUACAAUGUAUGUAUUCUAAGUGAGAGCUGAAUAUAAUGCAGAUUAGUCUGUUCAUAUUAAUACAGAUCUGUUUUAAAAAAAAAAAAAAAAAAAAAAAUUUUUUAGGAAUAUUUUUACAUUUUGUAAAGACUCCCAGAGUUGACAUUUCUGGGUUGGGUCUAGUGCCCUAGAGUGUUUUGGAAGGUAGGUUUAUUACCUUUAGGGAACACUCUAUUACCGAAAUACAAAAUCAAUGAAAAUAUCAGCUUUGUAGAUAUUCCCUAAAUGAAAACCUGCAUGCCUUUUUAUUAUGCAUAUUUUCAUUGGUGGUAAAUGUAAAAAAAGCUUGCAAAACCUGAAUUACUUUUUUAUUUUAUCUAUUUUCUUCUGUUGCCUUUGCAAGCCCUCCCCUUCUAACCCCAUUCAGGCUUUAUUUUUCUUUCCAAUUAGACUUCCCAAUGCAGCUCAAUGAGAAGUCUUUGUAAGUCAGGUGCUCUGGGCAAUUGCUGCCUCUUGAGUUUAGCUCUACUGAGCUACUCAAACUAGGAAGUAACAAAACUGGUUGUCUGUUUGAAAGUCAAGGGGGUGUAACCAGGUUAUUUUAGAAAAGUGCCAAUUUCCAUCACAAUCUGCAUUUAUUGCAAAAUGGAAAAAAGAGGACUCACUCAUCACACAUACAGUUUUUUUUUUUGGUUUUUUUUUCUGCAAGCUAAAGUGGUUUCGGGGUCUGCAGGGGCACUUUUAAGCUGUCCGUUGCCGCUGCCACCAUCUUCUCCAAAAUUAUGACAUCUUCGUUAAAACAAUUCCUGAUCGUCCGGUUAGGAUUUUUUUUUAAAAAGCAGAUAAUUUCAAAAGCAAAUUAGCUCAGAGUUUACUUCCAGAUAGAAAAAAUAAGAUCCAAAGAAUGACAUUAGGCAAAAACCGCAAAUGAGGAUUCUAUAGCUGUGGCCAUUGCUCGACAUGCAUGCACCAAAAAAGUUACAAACACUUUUAUCGGUACUUAUAUCCAGAAGUAGUUUGAAAUCAAGAAGUUUAUACAGUGUUCCUCUUCUCACGUAGUUUCUGUUACAAUGUGACUGUGGGGCCCAAUACGUGGGCAGAACAACACGCAAGCUACAUGUUAGAAUACGGGAACAUUUUAACAAUGUACGAAAAUAUAAGAAAAUUGAUCACAGUGUCCCCAGACACUGUAAUGCAUGUCCAGUUUUUUUAGUGGCACAAUUUUAUAACCAUAGAAAUAUAUCAGAUGCCAAUAAAUUGAAGAGGAGGCAAGAGAUCUUUAGGGCUUGCUAAAAAAAAAAGCUCAAUGGAACUUUAAUUUAAAAACCCUCAAGUCAGGUCUGAAUAUGGAUAUAGAUUCGGCUUGUUUAAUUUACUAUUUUCUCUUUUGUCUGAUUUUUGUUUAAAGGCCCAUAUAUUAUAUAUAUAUAUAUAUAUAUAUCUCUAUCUUCCACAAGAAAAGGCUGCUCUCCGGACUUAAAACUUUUAAGUCCGGAGAGCAGCCUUUUCUUGUGGAAGUUAUACCUAUUGGAGCUUUGGUGGUGCGCCCGGCAUUUGGAAUACUUCAAGCGUGAGUGCAGGGGAUGUUGAUAUUUUUAUAUAUAUAUAUAUAUAUAUAUAUAAUUUUUUUUUUUUUUUUUAUACAAAUAUUUUGUAUUUAUUUUUUAAAUUUUUAGAUAUAUAUUGGUUUUAUAUCCAUGUGUUUGUAAUUUAAAAAAAAAAAUUAAAUUUUUUUUUUUUUUUUUUUAUAGCCAAAUACAUACUCCCCAUGAUUCAUAUGCCUGUUUAUAAUCCGUUCAUAGUCUGUACAUAUUUAAGUGUGCCGGAAUACACAAUAGGAUGUAUUUUUGUGCACAUCUGUUUAUAUUUAGGUUGUCCAUUUUAAGUUAGUAGUUGGUGUGCAUGUGCGAUCUGAUCCCCAUGUAUGCACGCACACAUUUCAUUACGUGCGUCAGACAGAUAAAGCCGGAACUGACAUCAGUCUACAGGAAGGAACACUGCGUUCCACAGUGGAACGCACUUGACUGCCAGCUGAUCGAAUAUCUGAAAUUAGGAGGUGUGUGUGUAUAUAUAAACUGAGAAGCGGUUAUAAUGUCCCAGAUCCCUAAAGAAGUCCACGGAUUGGAUGAAACGCGUUGGAUGUUUAUUAUUUGUGACUUUUACUUAUUUUAUUUGUUUUACCACUUUCACUUAUUAGCUAUUAAUCCUGCUCCAUCCAGCCCAUACUAGUGUGCUGUUUUAGGGUCCACCUUGGGUGGAGAUAUGCCUGAACAUACUGCCUUCUUGUAAAUGUUUUAUUUUUUUACCUACCGGUAUUUACUUUUUUACUUUAUCGCGCUAUUGGCUUUCCUCCUUUUUAAAAUCUACAGCUGCAAGUUGAAGGACCAUCAGACUUUCCCCCCUUUUUUGGGGAGACUAGCUUGAAUUUACCGACGUCGUGUGAGUUUUCUCACACCCUCCUCCCCUCCCUCUUUUACUCAUCUUAUUUUACUGUAUAACACUAUGUACAGUUUUUGUUUUUUCUAAAUAUGCUAAUUAUAUAACCAGGUGGUAUUUAUCUUCUUAAAGUGUGGAGCUUGUCCUUUUCUUAUACUUUGUAUAAAUGUAUGUUUAUCUUUUUCCAGUGGUGCUGUGAGGUUCACCAUAUAAGCUCCAAACUUAUCUAUACAUCUCUCUUAGUGACUCUCUUUUUCUUUUUUUUUUUUUUUGCACGCUGCCACCAUCUUGUCCCAGGAGAUCUUCUUUGGCUCCUCAUCUGCCAGGAGUGUCCGUGCUGUACGUGUGCUCAUAUGUGCGAGUACAACAUUAAGGUCUACAAAGCAUCCUGCAAGCCUGCAGAAGCCCUAUACAUUCAAUCUUGCAAAGAUUGAGACCACAGAUCCAAAAUAAGAACAGUACCUACAAACUACACAAGGGUUUAAGAAUUCUGUUUCCACCCAAACCAGUAUUUAUUCAUUAAAGUAGAAAUCUAAAUUCUAGCACUUUAUUUUGAAACUAGUGUCCCUUUACUCAGGUGCCCAAAGUGUACAACAACAUAGUUACUACCGCUGCAACAGUCUUUACCAUGCUAGCUGUUCCGGACUGCCAAAUGUCGAAUCUGUGCAAAAUGGUUGUGCAGAUAUAAUGGUUUUCCUUGUGUGUAGUGCACCUACAAGGGGAAGCUUGCUCUUCCCUCCAUUUGUGCACUCUCUCCUACCUGAUUCCAUUAAACAAAUUGCAUGUCUUAAUUUUUUUUAUUAAAUCCCUCUUUUGCUGGUUCGGAGCUUGCACAUGCACUCUGAGACUACAAAAUUGUCCAAUUAAAGUCUUCUCUAUGAAAAACCUUUUGAAUAGCAGGAAAGCAGGGAUAAUGUUGGACGGAGGAGUGCAGGUCAACGCCAGUAGCAUUGCCUCCUGUUUAAAUUUAAUAUGAUUUUUGCAGGUUGUAAGGGGUCUGUUAGUAUUGCGUGAUCAGGCAUUUUAAAUUAAAAAGAAAAAAAAAAAGGUGAAGUAGAAUACUGGGAAUAUAUUUUGUUAAUAAUGCUAAUUGACUAUAUUAUUCCUUCUUGUCCAGCUUAUGUGUGUAUAUGCUAGUGAUAGAAGGUCUGAUAUAGUAAAUUAUCCAUACACUAUAUGUAACGGAUCACCUGGCACCCCGACUGGGUACCUCUGUUGAAGGAUGCUCCUAGCGCUUCCUGAGGGCUCCAAGCACUCCAGCCGACACCAUAACCACUGUAGACUCCUCCAGAGAGCAAGACAGGAACAAGCUCUUACAAGAGCUUAGUAGUGAUAUUGAAAGGGAGUAUGACUAGCAUAGCAAUCCCUUGUAGCAGAUUCCCCCAGUAACGAGACAACACUUCGUUUUGAGGGUCAAGCAGAACUGACUGUGCUGGCACAUACAGCCUCUUUUAUUCACAAUCCACAAACAUAGUACUGCCCACAGGGUUUUGAAAUACAACCAAUCAAUCCGUACAAUACACACACACUCCCACACAAAAUCCUCCCCUCUGCCUGUGAUAUGAUUACUGAACACAAUGGUUAAUAUAAUUAUCACAGGCAAAGAAAUACAGUUUUUACAAAAUAUUAAUAACUUCAAAAAUAUACAUGCCACAAACAUAAAAAAAAUUUCAUGCCCAAAACAGUUCCAUAGAUUUGGGCUGUGCGGUCGGUCUAUUUCAGGCUGAAAAAAUGACUUAGUCCCAUCACUGAAUGGGACUUAGUCUCUGCAGCUGCAAAAAUCAUUGUGGGAGAAGGUAAGGCUCAGCGGUGUUUGCGGAACUGUGUAGCCGAUUUCAGUUCCAUGAAUUUGGCUACACACACCACUGACUGCAUUGAAUAAAAAAAGAUGGCCGCCGCCACGUGUUCGUAUGUCGAAUUGCGGCCCCCCAGCUUUCGACAAUUUACCUACAGCAGGCUCCAGGCCUGGGAGGUAAAUUGUCUGCACACUUCCACUUCUGGAUGGUCCGCCUGUGUGGUACCUGGUUCAGUAAGCCCCAUUUACUGAACCAAGUGGGAGAAAGCCAGGAACACAGUAUAUUAACAGUCUGGGGACACCGUCUUAAAGGGGCAUUGUUCCCUAAAGUCACAGUAUGUCCUCAGAUGGUUCUUAAAGGGCCAGCAGAAGCAUAAUAAACUACAAUGUGUCCAAAUACUGUAUUUAAAGGGCCAAAUCUCCCAGGGCCAUAGUCAGGAGGCGGGCACACAGGCUUCUCCAAUGCCCAGUGGCGAGGUCGGUUUUGCCACAGUAUAGAUAAACCAUGCUAAGAAAUGCAGUGCUUAUUGAAUUUGCUUGCUUAAAUGCAGAAAUGUGAGUGGUCACUCAUAUUUAAGUUUUUCUUUCUUAUCUUCUAUCUUGAAACAAAACCCACACGUGAUAUCCUGAAGCAAAUGGCUAUGUAUUUCAGGGAAACGUAUGACAUUCAUUCUAUGUGCACACUUCAUAGAAAAUUGUUUCUGACCAAUAAUGUACCAGAUGUAUUCCAAAUUCAGUAAAGGGACGUUCCUGAUUUGGACAGAUAUGACCACUAUUUCUCAAUUGUGUGUGACAGUCCACUGAAUCAUCAUUGAACUGUGGACUAAACCCUUGCUUGCAAGUACCAACUCUUGUUUCUUCUUUAAAUUUUUUUUUCUUCCAGGGAUUUUGCCUUCUGACGAGCACUGAAAUUUUUUAAUCAUGACUGAAUUCUGGUUGAUUUCUGCUCCCGGGGAGAAGACGUGCCAACAAACAUGGGAAAAGUUGCUGGCGGCAACCACGAAGAGUAACAAUCUGUCUACCAACUCAAAAUUCAACAUUCCGGACUUAAAGGUAUAAAUUCAAACUCUUAAAUGAAAAGCAAGACGAAAAUCCUACCCAGUGUUGUCUGGAGCCAUGAAUGUUCUAAUUCAUAUUUUUUUUUUUUUUAAAUCUGCCUAACGUUACAUCUGUGAUUCAUAUUGGAAAUAAGUAACCUUUUAUGCACAUGCAUCAUGUGGGCUAGUCAGCCUUCUUAUUCAUUUGGAAAAAUAAAUAGGAACUUGGAUCUGAUUGCUUCCAUAUAUAUAGAUGUUAAUAUCAAUCUAGAUAACUCCUACUAAAGCAUACAGGCUUCUUCCCCGAGUUGAAAUAAAAUAUAACUUUCAAUUUACAUAUUACUCUGGCUAGGUGCAUUCUUUUAAUUAACAUUUAUUUAUAUUUCCUUUUUCUUUUAUAUAAAUAAAGGUUAUUUAAAAGAAUGCACCUAGCCAGAGUAAUAUGUAAAUUGAAAGAUACAUUCUAUUUCAACUCGGGGAAGAAGCCUGUAUGCUUUAGUAGGAGUUAUCUAGAUUGUCUUGGUUGCUAGCAUUCUCUCAUUCAUUCCAGAUUGACUGUUUUCACGUAAUAAAUAAGGAAGGAUUGUUGGGUGGGUCCCCCUAUACCCAUUACAUGGGGUGUUGUGAGAAUAUGAAAGCCACUGACUGUUUAUGAUGCUCUCUGGUGCUGUCCCUGCACAAUAAUUGUAUUAUGUCCAACACUCGGCUGUUGCUUGCAAAUUCAGCAUAAUUGCAGGUCAUAUUUGCCAGUUAAUGUCCUGAAUGGGGGAAACUGACAUUCUCUGCAGCUGCUUAUAGAUGUUAAUAUCAACUGCAAGUGAAGGUGUAGCAAAUACAUUUCUAUAACUGCCAAGGUUGAGAAGUAUAAAAUCAGGAUGGGGAGGGCAAGGUCAGUGUAAGGGCUUGUCAUUGAUGCAGUUUGCCAUGGUCCAAAACUGCUUAUAAUCACCUGCAUGACCUGCCGACACUUACAAAGCACUGCUGAUUCAAUCUCACGUGAAUUGGGAGCCUAGAAUGAAAAAGCUAGAUCUAGAAGUGAAGGAAUCCUAAACUGGGAAUGUAGUGAGGUAUGGAGUUGAUCCUCAUUAACCCCUUCACUACCAAACACUUUUUGUUUGAAUAAUGCCAGCAUAAUAUUUAUUUGAAGCUUGGGGAUAUAUAGUGAGCAUGCAAAAAAUUCAUAACAGCAAUUUUAUAUAUAGAAUUCUGUAAAUUUACACUUUUUAAAUAAAAAAAAUCAUUUAUUUGGGAAACUAAAAGCUUUAAACAGUAUAUAGUGUCCUUUAUCUUGCAAUAUUUAAUACUGGGUCUGAAAGGUUGUUCUAAAAGCAAAAAUGCAUUUUUUUCCAUAUAUAUGGUAGAUGUGAAAUAGAUAAAUACAAAUGGCUAAAUACCCUGCUUGUAGCUAUUUGUAGGGCAUUACUAGCAGUAAACUUGCUGAAAAUUUAUGCAAAAUGCCCACAUUCAAUAAAUACAGUUAAAGCCUAUAUUUCUAUAAUACCAGUAUUUAAACCUGCUAUAUCAAACCUUACAAAUAUCUAGAAUAUAUAGUAACUUGAGCCAGAAGUGAAGCCUCUGUUUUCAUGCUUUGUCACUUUGAAUAUAGACAACAAAAACAUAAAGGAACCGGCUGUUAAAUCUAAAAAGUACAUAAAGCAAAAUAUAGUGUAAUACAGUUUAAAGUGAAAUAUGUGCUUUGUAAAUAUAUGCACUCACAGGCUGUAGAUAUAAAAAGCGCUCAAAAGGUGCCUCCCCCGAUGAUGAGGGGGCUGUAAAUUCCUCUCCACGGUCUGUAUGUGCAACUUACAAUCAGGACUCCAGAUGGGAAGGUAGAAAAAAUUGGCCGCUUUAUUAUCAAUAAAAAGGUGACUGAACACCAAUAUAAUGCUUAAAACCAGCAGAGGUUUGGUCCUAUGCAUUUCGUCCCAAUACUUGGACAUUCCUCAGGGACCUUAAAAUCAAUGUGACAAACAUACAAUCAAAGCAGCCUAACCAUUUCCACACGCAAGUCCCUUUUAAAUAGGGUUAAUCCCCAAGUCCAUUGGUGGUUCAGUGGGCGUCUUCCUUUGUCCGUGGUCCAAUUGGUCCAAUUCUGUCAUGUGUCCUUAAGGGGUUAAACAAACAAUAUACAAAGCUGUAUUCCUAAAGCUAUAGUGUCCUAGUGCCCAUUAGUAAUAUAUAUAUAUAUAUAUAUAUAUAUAUAUAUAUAUAUAUAUAUAUAUAUAUAUAUAUAUAUAUAUAUAUAUAUAUAUAUAUAUUUUUACACUUUUUAAUUGUAUUUUAUUUCCAGCCAGCAGGGGGACUACCUGCUGGCAAUACAGCAGGCAGCUAUCCUGGCCAUGUGAUUGUGAGGUCCUCGCAGGACCUCACUCUCACAUGGCCGGGGGGGUCUGCAGGACGGGGGAUCCGCCGCGGGGGGCUCCCUGGGAGUCCCCCCAACCGCGAUCGCCGGCGACCAGGUAAGUAAGAAAAAAACGGAGGGCGUACUAUUACGCCUGGUGGCGUUUAGAGCCGCCUAAAAUAGGGCCUAAUAGUACGCCCUCCGGUCUUAAGGGGUUAACCCCAAAGUUUGCCUCCAACGCCAGACAUCACUUUCCCUAGCCGCAUCUGCCUUCUUUAAUUGAUUUUUCAGGAAGCAUGAAGUGCUGCUGAAUGGCUAGAGCGGUCAUGAACUGAGAACUAACGAUUGAUUUAGAGUGUCAGCUGACUGCUCCAACCAUUUAGCGGCAUUCUGCGCUACCUUAAAGUUCAUUGAAGAAGCCAGAUGCAGCUGGGGAAAGGGAGACACAGCGCUGGAGGCAACCUUUGGGGUUAAACCAUUUGAGAUAAAGUGUUUCAACAUUUUGAAGUUAUUGUUUGUGUGUGUGUGUGUGUGUGUGUUUGUUACACUGUUCAAAAGAUUAAAGGGAACACAAAAAUAACACAUCCUAGAUCUGAAUUAAUUAUUCUUCUGAAAUACUUUGUUCUUUAUAUGAAUGUGCUGACAACAAAAUCACACAAAUUUAAAAAUGGAAAUCAAAUUUUUCAACCCAUGGAGGUCUGGAUUUGGAGUCACACUCAAAAUUAAAGUGGAAAAACACACUACAGGCUGAUCCAACUUUGAUGUAAUGUCCUUAAAACAAGUCAAAAUGAGGCUCAGUAGUGUGUGUGGCCUCCACGUGCCUGUAUGACCUCCCUACAACGCCUCUGCAUGCUCCUGAUGAGGUGACGAAUGGUCUCCUGAGGAUCUCCUCCCAGACCUGGACUAAAGCAUCUGCCAACUCCUGGACAGUCUGUGGUGCAACGUAACGUUGGUGGAUGGAGCGAGACUUGAUGUGGCAGUCAGGCUACCUCUGGCGAGCACAUGGAGGGCUGUGCGGCCCCCCAAAGAAAUGCCACCCCAGACCAUUACUGACCCACUGCCAAACCGGUCAUGCUGGACAAUGUUGCAGGCAGCAGGACGUUCUCCACAGCGUCUCCAGACUCUCACGUCUGUCACAUGUGCUCAGUGUGAACCUGCUUUCAUCUGUGAAGAGCACAGGGCGCCAGUGGCGAAUUUGCAAAUCUUGGUGUUCUCUGGCAAAUGGCAAACGUCCUGCACGGUGUUGGGCUGUAAGCACAACCCCACCUGUGGACGUCGGGCCCUCAUGGAGUCUUUCUGACCCUUUCAGCAGACACAUGCACAUUUGUGGCCUGCUAUAGGUCAUUUUGCAGGGCUCUGGCAGUGCUCCUCCUGUUCCUCCUUGCACAAAGGCGGAGGUAGCGGUCCUGCUGCUGGGUUGUUGCCCUACUACGGCCACCUCCAUGUCUCCUGAUGUACUGGCCUGUUUUCUGGUAGCACCUCCAUGGUCUGGACACUAUGCUGACACACAGCAAACUUUCUUGCCACAGCUCGCAUUGAUGUAUCAUCCUGGAUGAACUGCACUACCUGAGCCACUUGUGUGUGUUAUAGACUCCGUCUCAUGCUACCACUAGAGUGAAAGCACCGCCUGCAUUCAAAAGUGACCAAAACAUCAGCCAGGAAGCAUAGGGACUGAGAAGUGGUCUGUGGUCACCACUUGCAGAACCACUCCUUUAUUGGGGGUGUCUUGUUAUUGCCUAUAAUUUCCACCUGUUGUCUAUAACAUUUGCAUAACAGCAUGUGAAAUCACUCAGUGUUGCUUCCUAAGUGGACAGUUUGAUUACAUAGUUACAUAGCUGAAAAGAGAUUUGCGUCCAUCAAGUUCAGCCUACCUCACAUUUGUUUUUUGCUGUUGAUCCAAAAGAAGGCAAAAAAAACCAGUUUGAAGCACAAUUUUGCAACAAGCUAGGAAAAAAUUCCUUCUUGACCCCAGAAUGGCAGUCAGAUUUAUCCUUGGAUCAAGCAGUUAUUACCCUACAUUGAAAGAUUAUAUCCUUGAAUAUUCUGUUCUUGCAAGUAUGCAUCUAGUAGCCGUUUGAACAUCUGUAUGGACUCUGAUAAAACCACUUCUUCAGGCAGAGAAUUCCACAUCCUGAUUGUUCUUACAGUAAAAAACCUUUCCUUUGCCUUAGACGAAAUCUUCUUUCUUCCAGUCUAAACGCAUGGCCUCGUGUCCUAUGUAAAGUCCGGUUUGUGAAUAGAUUUCCACACAAUGGUUUGUAUUGGCCCCGAAUAUAUUUGUAUAAUGUUAUCAUAUCCCCUCUCAGGCGACGUUUUUCUAAACUAAAUAGGUUUAAAUUUGUUAACCUUUCUUCAUAGCCGAUAUGUUCCAUUCCUUUUAUUAAUUUUGUAGCCCGCCUCUGCACUUUUUCUAGUGCCAUAAUAUCCUUCUUUAGAACAGGUGCCCAAAAUUGCACAGCAUAUUCAAUAUGGGUCUUACCAGUGAUUUAUAAAGAGGCAAAAUUAUAUUCUUGUCCCGAGAAUGAAUGCCCUUUUUCAUGCAUGACAAUACCUUACUGGCCUUGGCCACUGCUGAUUGACAUUGCACAUUGUUGCAUAGUUUGUUGUCUAUAACAAUUCCUAAGUCCUUUUCAUGUGUUGUUAUCCCUAAUUCGCUUCCAUUAAGGGUAUACGUGUGACUGACUUGGAGUUACAUUGUGGUGUUUAAGUGUUCCCUUUAUUUUUUUGAGCAGUGUGUGUGUGUGUGUGUGUGUGUGUGUGUAUAUAUAUAUAUAUAUAUAUAUAUAUAUAUAUAUAUAUAUAUAUAUAUAUAUAUAUAUAUAUAUAUAUAUAUAUAUAUAUACACACACACAUUUUAAUUUCAUUUUUUAAAUGGGCUGUAAAAUAUACAUACUCUACUUGUUUUAUAGUGAUAAUUAAAAGAUGCUUGUCUGUCAUUUGCUACUAGAAAUGUAACUAUUUAUUUUUGAAGGAGCCACAUUUUCUUUUCCGUUUUAUUCUUUUCGCUGCUUUCAUGGUUAUAUUGUAUAUGUUGGUUUUAUCGGGGGAAAUUUGUGCAUUAAUGACUUCUCUUCUUUGAAAUCUUUAGGUUGGCACUCUGGAUGUGCUAGUUGGGCUGUCUGAUGAACUUGCAAAACUAGAUUCAUUUGUAGAAGGGUAAGAAUACUGUCUAAACAUUGAAGCUGUACAUCUGUAGUUCUCGCCCCAAACACACCAUACACACAUACUUUAUUAACUUGUGUUUCUCAUCCUGAAAUGUCUGAUUAAAGGACCACUAUAGUGCCAGGAAAACACUCGUUUUCCUGGCACUAUAGUGCCCUGAGGGUGCCCCCACCCUCAGGGACCCCCUCCCGCCCUGCUCUGGGGAGAGGAAAGGGUUAAAAACUUACCUUUUUCCAGCGCUGGGCGGAGAGCUCUCCUCCUCCGUUCCUCCUCCUGGGCUGAAUGCGCACGCGCGGCAAGAGCUGCCGCCAUUCAGCCGUCGCAUAGGAAAGCAUUUACAAUGCUUUCCUAUGGACGCUAUGCUCUCACUGUGAAAAUCACAGUGAGAAGCACGCAAGCCUAGUGGCUGUCAAUGAGACAGCCACUAGAGGAUUAGGGGGAAGGCUUAACCCAUUCAUAAAUAUAGCAGUUUCUCUGAAACUGCUAUGUUUAUAAAAAAAAUGGGUUAACCCUAGAAGGACCUGGCACCCAGACCACUUCAUUAAGCUGAAGUGGUCUGGGUGCCUAGAGUGGUCCUUUAAGCAUACAUUGUGUAUCUAUAUUUUUAUACAAAUUGGCUCAGAUUCUAAAUGCAUGAAACAUUGGAAAUUAAAAUAUUAGUAUUUUUUCCUAUUCUUUUUAGUAUUUGUAUUUUUAAUACAUUGCGUAAUGAAAUUUCUAGUUUGGAAUGCACUUUAAAGGUGGGUUAGUACAUUUAAAAAAAGUUGAUUUUAAGGAUAAAAAGGCAACUAGGUCAGAGGUAUCAAUUAACUCACAAUUGCUGGUGUGUUUAAAAAAUAAAAUAAAAAAAUAACACGCUGCAGCAUGUGGUUCAAUCAAAGAGGUGUCACAUUUUUUACCAGCUCACUUAAAGAAAGAAGAAAAACAAAAAAAGACCCUGUUUAGCAAGAAACUGUGCCAUUUAUUAAGUGCUUUGUAUUUUUGUAAUCAACAUAUCUACUCUAAUUGCUGUUGAAAUUAUCUGCCAGAGAACAUUACUGUAAAGUGAAGUCAUCUUGUAAAAUCUUUACAAGCGUUAAAUAGUUUGUUGCAUAAAAUGUGAAUGAAACCAAAGUUGGCAUCAGUGCUGUACAGGGACAAAAUAUGAUGGCUGUUUGUAAGUGCCAUGUUUAGAAGGAUAAUUUGGUAAAAAAUGAGAGCCUUAUAUACAGAGUUGAACUGAUAUAUUCUGCUCCAAACUAAUGUUUACAGGCUAUGCAUUUAACUUCUCUAUCAAAAAUGUGGAUUACAAAAGCAGAUUGGAAGACACACACAAAUGUCUCACACAACACCCUCUUUUAUUUUCUCUUUAACACUUGCACAUGUUAGAAGUAGACUAACUUGGCAUGAUUAUAAAAAACUAAACACGGAUUGCUCACUCUCCUACCUGACCCCCCUCUUGUCGGAUAACUGUUUACUUGUAUACAAAUUUAAAAGAACAUAUUUCUAAUAACCUCUAUUUUUAUUUUAUCUUUUCCUUCUAGAACGGUGAAGAAAGUGGCUCAGUACAUGGCUGAUGUUUUGGAGGAUAGCAGAGAUAAGGUUCAGGAGAACCUUUUGGCCAGUGGAGGUAUGCAAAGUUGAAAGGAAUAUCAUAUAUAUAUAUAAAUUACUCUGAUGCUAUUUGUGCCCUUAAAAAAAAUAAAUGUUUUCUUAUCUGAGUAAGGCAGCUACACAGCACCCACCUAUAUGGAAUACCAUGUACUCCAGUUAAAACAAUGAAACCUGAAUAAAUGCUCACUUUUUCUGUUUGCAUUAUGAAUAAGAUAGAUACAUUCUUAAAGCUCAAUACUAAAUACCAUAAUCUGCUAAGAGCAUAUGUACAUACUUGAUGGGUUCAUGAUCUGUGAUCUCAUGAUCUAUAAGGACACUAUAGGCACCCAGACCACUUCAGCUCAUUGAAGUGCAGUGACCCUGUCCUCUUAAUCCUGCAUUGUUAAUUAUUGCAAUUUCUGAAACACUGCAAAUUAUCUUGCAGUGUUUCAGCUGCCAGUCAGCCAGUAGAGGCACUUCCUGGUGGUUAGGCGGACUUUGCGUCAUCCAACAUCACCCAAACACCCAUAGGAAAACUUUGCAGCAAUGCUUUCCUAUGGUGUAGUCCUAAUGUGCUUGCGGCGUUCGAUGUGCAUUAGCGUCCCCGUCGUGUGACGUCGGAUCAGGCUGAGCUCCGACCUAGCGCCGUGGGCCUUAUUUUUUUUAUUUUUUUUUUAUAACCCUUACACUGGGGCUGGUGGUGCGUGGGAGCACUAGAGUAUCCCUUUAAAAGCAAUAGCUAAGUAAUUAGUGGAAGUUGUCUUUUACUUUGUAAGAAGACCAGAGGAACUAGCUGUAAGCCUAUGUUAAUGGAAAAAUAUAGUAUAAAACGUAACUUUUUUUAAAAAUAUAUACAAAAAUGAAAAAAAGGAUGUAUUAUAAAAGUGGAGACAAUCUCAAAAGUUGCCACUAGGUGGAGACAACACCUAAUGGUGCUAAAUAAGCACAAUAUACAUAUUAACAAUUAGAAAUUUGCUCUGUAAUGUAAAGAUAGAUAAAUAUCAACUCACUAAAUCUGCUGUAGUUUGCUACAAUAUUAGUAUACUAUGUUGCAAUAUGUCGUUGGGAUGCAAACCAAAACCGUAACUAAAUGGUUACUAUGUUAUGCCGGGUUGAAUCCUCGGCGAUGUGAAAAUGCAAACCGAGUACUGCGGCUGCUAAGUGAUGUAACAGUCGAGGUCCUGGUAAGUCUUUUACUAUAUAUCAGGCAUAGGCAACCUUCAGCACUCCAGAUGUUUUGGACUACACCUCCCAUGAUGAUUUGCCAGCACUAUGGGUGUAAGGUCAUGAUGGGGGAUGUAGUCUUCCCCUGCUAUGUAUUAAGAUCCUGUGUUUUAUAGCCCCUAUAGAGAUUCUCUGGCAGUAAAUAUGUAUGAAACAGUAGAAGGUAAAUAAUUAGGGAAGGUUGAAUAUUUACUAAAACUAUGAAGUGUUGGGGGUUUGGCACCGUCACCUCAGUUUGAGUGAAUGACCUUCCUAUGAAUAUACAUUUAUUUUAAUGUGCGUUAAAGGUUAGUGCUCUUCUCUCACAUCCUGAUCUUCCUUCCAUUUUUUUCUUCUUUCUUUUCUUAGUUGAUUUGGUGACAUACAUUACCAGGUUCCAGUGGGAUAUGGCAAAGUAUCCAAUUAAACAGUCCCUAAAGAACAUUGCUGAAAUAAUUGCAAAAGUAAGAUCUAUAUUAAAGUGAUCUGUAAGUUUGUCGUCAUCUCUUUUUCAAAUACAAAAAGUACACUCAAAGUGCAAAAUAAGUAAAUACCGAACAUGGAAAAUUGCAGUGUUCCUCUGACUCGGAAGGUAACUCAUCAGUAGUGCAGACUUAAAAAUAAAGAACAAAAGAAAUAAAAUUAACUAAAAUAACAUCGAUACAUGCACAUCCCUCCUCUUUCCAUAGGCUGAUACAUAUUUAAAAGUCUAUAAUUUCUUCCUUAUGUAUGGAGCGCUACAUAUAGAGCCAAGGUUGGGCUCUAUAGUUUGCAAGUUGCCACAACAUCCAAUCAACUUAGUUUAAGUAUAUUUAUUUGUAUACACAUUUCAAUUUCUUUGGUUUAUUUCUUUUUCUUCAGUUUGUUUUUCACUCUGCACUCUUAUUGUACACAUUUUUUGCUUUUUAUAUAUUGAUGAAUUUUCCCUUGAAUUCCUGUUUGGUAUUGUGUAUUUUAGAGUUGAAUCUGUGAAGGGAUAACAUUAAAGUGUUUGCACUGCUCAUAAUUAACAUAUAUAAAUGUUAAUUAAGACUAGAAGACUUCUCUAAACAACAAAUAAAUACAAGAUUUUAAGGUUUUGUAGACUGAAUGGCCCAUAACUAACAGCAAGUGAAUAAAAGGCACUCCAUAAACAAUGUGUGUAUGUAUGUAUGUGUGUGUAUGUAUGUGUGUAUAUGUGUAUGUAUGUAUGUAUGUAUAUAUAUAUAUGUAUGUGUAUGUGUAUAUAUAUAUAUAUAUAUAUAUAUAUAUAUAUAUAUAUAUAUAUUGUUUAUGGAGUGCCUUUUAUUCACUUGCUGUUAGUUAUGGGCCAUUCAGCCUACAAAACCUUAAAAUCUUGUAUUUAUUUGUUGUUUAGAGAAGUCUUCUAGUCAAAGGGAACAGAUAAAACAUUUAAAAAAUAAAAAAAGUAGGCUUUCAUAAAAUGAUCAAAGUAACUUUUUUUUUAACUUCCAUACCAGACACAGAGGAAAACAUAACUAGAUUUUUUUAUUAAAAUUUGUUUUGUUUUCCAAAAGUUGAUUUUACUAGCUCAUUUUAUUUGCGUAUUAACCAGAAUAAACAUACGUUGCAGUAAGAUUACAGAAUUUCCCUUUAUCCAAAGCGACAUUUAAAAAAAAAAAAAAUGAAUCUUUUUAAAACUAUCAAAGGUAUUAAUAUAGUUAGUUUUAUACUAUUACUAAUUUUAGUUUCCAUAGAUUUAACAGGUUUGUUGAAUUUCUGACUUUAUCUCCAAAAUUGCCUUGUUAGUCGCACAUAUUAAAGGGACACACCAAACAGGAUUACCACUACAAUUUAUUAAAGCGUUCUGAUGUUACCACAGAUGUCUAAUUCUCACCUUCUUCCAUUUCAGGGCGUAACACAGAUUGAUAAUGACCUUAAAGCAAGAGCCUCUGCUUAUAAUAACCUGAAAGGAAAUCUUCAGAAUCUCGAAAGAAAAAAUGCGUAAAGUUUCCUUUUAUAGACAAUCUGUUUUUGCCUUAUUUUCCCUCUUUGUCUUCCAUUCUCCCAUUGUCAAUAUAUAUCAUAUAUAUUGAUUAUUGCAAGCCAUACAUAGUCACUGUGAUGAGAAAAAAAAACACAAAACAUAUACAAUACUUUUACAAAGAAAAGUCUUUAUUUUUGGCCUUAUAGAUGUGUAUUGCUAACACUUUAGUGCUCAUGUAAUAGCAGUUUUUUGUAUCACCUACCUCUAAAAAUAAAUUGGACACAAAUUUAGAAAAAAACUAUAUACGGUUUACGUUCUGUAAACAUUCUUAUGCUUUUUUUUUUUUUUUUCAAUUGUAGGGGAAGUUUAGUAACUAGAAGCUUAGCUGAAAUUGUGAAAAAAGAUGACUUUGUGCUGGAAUCUGAAUAUCUGGUCACUCUUUUGGUGGUUGUACCAAAGUAAGUAUACUUGGAUAUUAUCUUUCAGCUUUACUACGUGUUAAUACUCUGAUGUUAAAUUUGUGUAGAGUUGAGUUUAUGGCUUUAAUUUUGUCACAAUAUAGCAGGAACCCCCAAAACAAGAUCUGAUUUCACAACAGCGAGUUCUAUAAUCUAUGUUAACGGUGCUUAGAGUGGCUGACUUUAAAGUAUGAAUGGUCAGAGAAAGCCAAGGUCAAGGGUAGGAGAAAACAGAGUAAACGGUAGACAAGCCAAAUAUCAGGAUUGCUGAUAGCAGACUAAGCCAAUAACAUGCAAAGGUCAGUAUCCGAGAGUCAGAAUAAUCACACAAGUGUUUUUGGGUUAAACAAAAACCAUAAAGCUGGGAUUUAAGUAGUGGACUCUUUAUUACUAUUGGGCCAUCUCAUAGGAGAGCGCCAGAAGACUCUCUUGGUCUUUAAUGCACACCAAAUAGUCAGUCAGGACGCAUUAUUUGGGCAUGACUGUAAAUAAAUACACGUACUACCGGCGUGUGGUGUCAGAGACCCUAGAGGUGCCCUGUAAAUUUGUAGACAUUUAAGAGGAAGUGCCACUCAUUUUUAUUUGUACCAGUUAUAUUUUUAUUCACCCCAGUAAAAGACCAUUAUAUUUGCAUGUGAAUUGUUAGCACAGUAAAUAAAACUCACCUAUCUUGACCUUCCCCACCCCCUCCAACAUGUGAUUUCACUGAUGGAAACAGAUUGACAGAAAACAAGGUGAAGGAGCCAAUAGAUUAGAUUUUGCUGAAGUAGCUAUGAUGCACAAUGUUAAUUCUUGGUGCAUAGAGACCUAAUUGAAGUUGUUCUCUAUUUUGUUUUAACAGAUUAAACUACAAUGACUGGGUUAAACAAUAUGAAACGCUUUCCGAGAUGGUGGUUCCACGUUCUAGCAAGUGAGUUUCAUUUCAAAUUGUUCUGGUAAAAAAAAAAAUAAGGUAAAUGACUGACGAGACAGAAGCACCAAGGAAAAGGCUUUUGAAUUGUUUGAUUUCAAGAGGGAAAGAGCCAAAGAAAAUAAAGUAUUUUCUUCUGAAAUCUCUUAUGGCACCAUGGCAAAAAUUGACAUAAUUUAAAGAUAAUUUUUUGGUUUUAUGUUUGCAUUUAACCCCUUAAGGACACAUGAUGGAAAUAUUCCGUCAUGAUUCCCUUUUAUGUAAGAAGUUGUGUCCUUAAGGGGUUAAAACAUUGAGGCCACACUGCUCAUUUUACCGUUCUUUCUGCCUGGAAACUUGAAUGUCCAUUGCAUCCAAAAAGCGUCCCUUUAGGUCACCAGCUAGAAAACAGCGAUAGUGAAUUAGAAUCACUUGCAGAAUUAAGCAAUAGUGAUUCAUGGGAAAAUUUGUCAUCAGACACGGAAAGUGACGACAGCGACGAUUUUGUGACUGUGCUCAGUGAUGUGCAAACUUGGUGCUCUAUUGACUGUGGUACGGAUCAGGCAGUGCCCCCAAGAUUCCCAUUUGCUGGAACAUCUGGUAUGAAAGUAGACGUUGAACACAACAACCCCCUGGCAUACUUACAAUUAUUUCUGACCGAUGAGGUUAUUGAAAAAAUAAUUACGGAGACCAACAAUUAGCUACUCUUCAUCGAAUAUUGUCAAGAAGCAGAAAGUGGGAACCAGUGACCAAAGAUGACAUUUGGAAAUUUCUGGGACUAAUAAUACGUCUCAGAGUGGUGGGCAAACCCCUGCAGAAGUGGUAUUGGACAACUAAUAAAUUACUUGCCACUCCAUUCUUUGGUACGGUCAUGUCAGCGUAAAGCAUGCCGCCAAUGUUUAGCAAUAAGAAGCUGAAGUCUUGUGAAAUGGUUGCCUGGCAAAAUGAUGGCACUGUGAUGGCGUGACAAAAAAGAUGUGUGCCUAAUGAGUACAGUUCAUAAUACCUCCACUGUUCUAGUACGUCUGAAAGGUGGGAAAGAAAUCAUGAAGCCAUAAGUAGUGUUAGACUACAAUAACUUUGUGGGAGGUGUCGAUAUUCUACCCAGCAAUGAGGAAACAGCAAAAGAAGUACUACAAGAAGAUCUUCCGGCCUCUUCUUGAGCAAUGCUUGUGGAAUGCCUACAUUCUGUUAAAGAGUGACAAGCCUGUGAUUCAUUCUGACUUCAUUUGGAAAGUUGCUGAACGUAUCUUUGUGAACCAUCUAACACCAUCAAUGGCUGUGAAUAGAGCUGGAUGUCGUGCUGUUGGCGUUGACAACCCAGAACGCCUGACUGGUCGUCACUUCAUGGGCUACAUCCCAUCAACCAAGAAAAAGUCAACACCUGCAACGAUGACAGUGGAAAGAAAAUCAGAAAGGAAACCAGGUUCCAUUGUCCUGAUUGUGACAAGGACUUUGUGCAGUUCCAUGUUUCAAACGUUUUCCAUACCUGGGAUGUUUACUAAACUAAAAUGCAGUUUCUAGUAUUACAGUGACUAGUAUUAUUGGACCCUUGUUUGGACAAAUUUCAGUAUUUUUGGUUUAAUUACAUUUUUUAUAUUCUAUUAUUUUUUAUAAUUAUAUUUUAUGAUUUUGUGUUUCAAACUUUGUCAUACCCGUGAUGUUUACUAGACUCUUAUUUGGACAGAUUUAAGUGAAUUAUUCCUAAGAACUAGAAAAGCUACAAUUUCUGGGGAAAUUGUGUGAAGUGUUCUUGCCUCCACCAGUAGUCUACAACUGGAGUGGGCGGAGUAACUGUUAUCAUUUAUAUAGCACAUUUAAUUGCAACGUUGUUGCACAGUUACAUUAAACCAUACAUUUAUAAAAACUUUAGCAGAUGUUCAAAAGGCCCUGUCUAUGACAUCACUUGCUGCUGCAGCCUGACACAGGUCAGAGUAUUUUGGCGGUUGCCAUAUUCAAACGGUCGUAUUUUAAAAACUAUAAAUCCUACAGUGAAGAGCUUUAUAUUGUGAGAAUCACAGGACCCAGACCUACAUUUCGAUGCAUAGUAUGUCUCUGAAGUAUUAAAAUUGAAGGCACAGUCGCAGUUUAGAAAUUGCACUUCAAAUUUGAGUUUUGUAGAGUGAAGUUUCAAUGAAUGUCAAUGGACGGCGUUAGUUGCAAACAAAUGAUUAUAUUGUGAAAACUAUCAGGACUAUGGCUUAGCCGUUGACAUGUUUAGUGGCAGCAGGGAUAGCUGAACGUUUUGAUAUGAUUUGUGUAGAUGGGCUUGAAAUAAGGGAGUGGUGGCAGUUUAGAAAUCAUGUCCUGAUUUUUCAGCUUUUGCCAGCUCCCACUCUAGCUUUGCCAUUCAUUCCUAUGGGACAAAUUGCGCCACAAGAACGACGAUAUUCCGUGAACCAUUCGGUGAAACGUUCCACAAAGUAAUAGCAAUCCGAUCGGGAACAAUCUGCACGUUUUGGUAAAUUUUUGUCUAUGUAGUGUAAAAACUGUGGGAGGAGUUAGGGUGGCAAAUUUUGCUAUAAUAAUAAUAUAUAUGUGAGAUGACAUUAAAUGGUCUUGCUAUGCAAGAACACUUAAUUACAAGCCUACAAUAUGAAACAACAAAUUUCCAUACAAAACAAUGUACCGCUUUAACAUUAAAAAAAUACUGACAUAAUCAGACCGCCAGAGAGGUUAAACAGAAUGUGCAAUAAAAUAAGUUUAAACAUUAGAUCUCUCUUUACAGAAUUUUUUUUUUUUUUUUUUUUUAAAGGCUCUGCAAGUCACAUACAGGGAUGUGUUGCUAGGGCUACAGAAACAAAAUUAUAGAACUCUCUUUAACCAUUCCAAAAAUAAAAUGGUAGUUAUAAUGCUCCCCCACUAGUUUGUCAUCAACAUGCCUUCGUGUUCAGCGAUCCGUAAAUUUCAUCAAUCCUACUCGCCUGUCAUUACUAAUAUAACCCUACCGUUCGAGUAAAAAAGUAAAAGCUAAGAAAAAUAGAGUAAUUGGCUCUCGGAGCAGUUAAGUGCAAGAUAUACAGUCACAUGAAAAAGAAAAUACACCAUUUUUUAAUUCUAUGGUUUUACGCAUCAGGACAUACUAAUCUGUUUUUUAGCAGGUUCUAAAAUUGGGUAAAUACAACUUCAGUUAAACAACACAUGACCUAUUACACCGUGCCAUGAUUUAUUUAACAAAAAUAAAGUCAGAGUGGAGAAGCCAUGUGUCAAAAACUAAGUACAUCCUUACUGCUUCCAUACCGCAAACAGGUGCUGCUAAUCAAAUGCCCUCGGUUAAUUGAUUAUCAGCAAGUUUGACCAUCUCUUUACAAGCUGAUGUUUUAGCAGUUUGCUGGUCUAGAGCAUUCAGGUGUGUGUUAACACAAUGCCAAGGAGGAAAGACUUCAAUUGUUCCUGCCCAUUAAACUGGGAAGGGUUAUAAGGCCAUUUCCAAACAAUUUAAAGUUCAUCAUUAUAGUUUUUUAUCCAUGGCUGUAGCAGUGUCAAAAUACAACUGUGGCCAAUAAAAGAACGGCAUAUCAACCGGCAAAAAGAGACACAGGGCUUUAAAUCAAUACCCGCCUUUUAUUGUAUUGUAACUAAAACGUUAUCUUUUUAAAACGUUUCAAUAUGAUGUGUAAGGCAUAAUGUUACUGAUUUAGCGAUAACAUGCCAUUUCUCUUUUUUAUUUUAACAGUGUUCUAUCAGAAGACCAGGACAGUUAUCUCUGCAAUGUUACUUUGUUCAGGAAAGCUGUAGAUGACUUCCGACAUAAAGCCAGAGAAAAUAAGUAAGAUCACUGUGUGCAUCCGCGAAAGGAAGUUAUCAUUGGAUGUUUGCACCCAGUUAAAUUGAUUUUGUUCUCUAUUGUAGAUUUAUUGUUCGCGAUUUCCAGUACAAUGAAGAGGAAAUGAAAGCCGAUAAGGAAGAAAUGAACAGACUCUCCACUGAUAAGAAGAAACAGUUUGUAAGAAUCUGUAAAAACAUGUUUUAUAGGUUUACACUUUGUCUAGCUCACCCUAGUAGACAUUUCUACUACAGACCUGCAUUUCUGUCCAUUUGCUAAAAAUAUCACUUGUUAACAUAAGUUGUCUGUAAGUAACUGUGGCACACUAAGGCUGUACAAAACCAAAUACAAACAUUGUAUACUACAUCUAAACAGUUGCCAUUAAUCAGUUGUGGGCAAUGUACUAGCAAUAGGGCAACCAGAUGGUCUUUGUAAAGGGAAUCUGUUGCAGAAACUGUAUACUACAAUGCUACAUUAAUCAUAUCUGAUUUUGCCACAGACAUUUCCUGUACAUUAGUGGAAUUUCUAACCAGUGUAACAUGCUUCACAGGCUUUCUAGUGCUUUAAGUUAUGAACGUACAAGAGACUUUGUCCUAAUUUGGGUUUUUUGAUAGAUCUGCAUUGAGCCCUGGAUUGUAAAAAUGCCCCCUUGGGAACUACAAUCAGGAAUACUCUGCAUUUCCAGAGAACAAUCAAGACCCCAUCUCUCCAUAUUCAGGGUCUUCCUGCUAUAAUAACCUACAGUGAUUUACUGCAAUUGCACUUUGUGUUGCCUUUUAAUAUUUACACUGCAUAUUACUAUAGAGUUACUGUUCCCCAUCAGCACAGAGCAACAAUGCAUACUGUGUCCUAAUAUAUUUUAGAAUGCCAAACCAAAUUGGAAUCCUUGGUUCUCAUUUUCUUAUCUAUUCCCUUAGUUUAUCACUUAGAGCUAUCAUGAAACUACUUUUAUUAUUUAAUAUUUACAUACCUUUAUGUAUAUUAAAAUAGUAACGAAGAGAUCAUUCUAUAAUAUGCCAUGAGACACUACUUUAAACAUCCGCUGCUUUAGGAUCAGCUGCUAAAACUGAGAAAGAAAUCACCGAACAUACAUAGAUAAACAUUGUGUAUUUCUGAUCAACGCAAAGAUGACUGAACUAGGACAUACACUGUUAAUCGGCUUAACUUAAAAGGACACUCUGGGCACCAAUAUAACUUUUUAAUGUAUUUGAUGUGUUUUGGCCUCAUAAAUGUGCUCUGUGGGCAGGCUUAUGGUGUAGCAAUCCAUAAAACAUUUUUUUAAUGCAAAUACUAUAAAGAUUUCAGCAUUGAAAAAAUUACAGCAUGCUAAUGAGGCCAAAAUGUAUCAAAUGCAUUAAAGUUGUAUUGGUCCACGGAAUGUCAUUUUAAAGGCAAAUACUAGGAUGUAGUAUGUAUUUCGUGGCUCUGUCGCCUGCAAUCUCCCUUUUUUGCACAACUUUAAAACAAAAACAAAAAGUCAGUUUAGCUGGAACUACCACUUGAAGAUCUGCCAGUGGUUGAAUGUGGACGAUAAAAAACAAACACAAAAAUCUAGAUUUUAAAUAUUAAAAAAGGUGAGUGAUAAAAUUGUUACACAGAUCAUGCAAAAGUAUAAAAGUAACACCCCAAAUAAAUACAUAAUGAAAAUGCUUUUCAUUGCUGUUCCAACGGGGGAUACAAUACAAGAAACCUAUCAAAUAAAAAGCAAGAUAACACUGAUAAGAUGAUCACUAUAGUAUAGAAGUACUUUGUGAGAAAGCUUUAAAUGAGCUAAAAUGGUUGUGACUGAGGCUUUGCGUUGUAUAUCACCAAUGUCCAUCUGCACUGACAACAAUUCAACCUCCUUCGUAAGUCUUCCUUUAAUGGAGUAUAUAAAGGAAAUAUUGCAGGAUGUUUUUGUACUUCUCUUCUAAAAUGAAAUAGAAAGCAUGUCACAAAUAAAGCGAACUACCAACAUCUUCCUGGCAUCAGUUACUUCGUCCCAAUAUUUUUGUUGGCCGGUGAUGUUCGUGACAUGCUUUUUAGUAUAUUAAGAUUAAGUGCAAUACAUUUUUUUUUUUGUGUUCCAUUAAGAUGCAAUUGGGAGGGAAGUUGAAUCAUUACUAAUCCAUUGAGAAAUAAAUCAGUGAUUGCUUUAGUAAUAAGAACCCUUUAACCAUAAUUUUUACGAAUUCAAAACCUUGAGUUUGUCACUUCAUUGUCUAUAGUGAUUGUUUUUAGUGUUGCGCUAUUGUUUGCGUUUCAUAUCUUCGGUUUGUUAAACUACUAUAUAUUUUUUAUUUACUAAUUUCAGAAUAAAGUCAGCACUCAAACAAACUGUAUUUGCAGAAUAGUCCACAGUUUUCUACGGUCCAUGUAAGGUUGUAUUUUUUUUUUUUUUUUUUUUUUUUUUAAACAACCAACCUGUUGACGGAUUGAAAACAAUAUCCAAAUAUUGUCAGUUUUUGGACAUGUAUUGGGAUAUUGCAUAUUCUGUUUCUGAUGACAGAGCUACUUUUUAUGCUUAAUUUCCAACCCAAAAUACAAAUUGAUCAACGCUAAUUCUCAGUUCAAGUUUGCAACGUGUCAAUAUUAAAACUUUUUGUUGUCCCCAGGGCCCCCUAGUUCGAUGGCUCAAAGUCAAUUUCAGUGAAGCUUUCAUUGCUUGGAUCCACGUUAAAGCUUUGCGGGUGUUUGUGGAAUCUGUUUUAAGGUAAGUACAGAUUUCCCAAUGAGAUCAUGAAACCCUUGUGUAUAUACUGUUUAAUAUAAAAGUAAUUACAGGCACUGGAUACAAUAAUACCUUUUUAGUAUAUACCCCUGUAUCAUUCAAACAAAGAUUUAGAUUACGUUUUCUUAGGUUAAUAUUGUCAAACAUGUUAAUCAAAACAUUUACUGUUCUGUUUAAUAUAUCCAGCCGGGUCGUCUGCCUAUCUUUUCAGCUAUAUAAAAUAAUUAUGUAUAAUAAAACUUUUACUGUUAGGUAUGGCUUACCGGUCAACUUCCAAGCAAUGCUGCUUCAACCCAAUAAGAAAACCAUGAAAAAACUGAGGGAGGUUUUAUAUGACCUGUACAAACACUUGGACAGCAGUGCUGCAUCCAUAAUUGAUGUGAGUAAAUAAUGUUUUGCUAUGUACAUACGGUUAGUAUAAUUCUUUCAUAGCAUAUCCAUAAACGUUGAAUGCCUUCAAAUUGGUGUUUAAAAAAAAAAAAAAGAGAGGGUGGGCAUUCAAUUUAAAUAAUAAUAUGUCUGCAAGCAGAUCCCAAGAGGGGGAUAGUGCCCUCAGCCUUACUAACAGCUAGAAAGCCUGCACAAACUUAGAGCACUGUAGACGCACUUUUCCAUGUGUAGAAUUCCAUGCAGUUGCCUCGUUCAGCCACAAGUGAGAUAGUUGUAAACAUUCCGUGCUUUUGGGGGCGUUGCUCUUUGUCUUAAAGAGCAAUACUGCAUAGACGUUAAAACUAUACUGUUUAGUCAAGAGACUUUAUACUAAAUAACUAGAUGGCAAAGGGUCUGAGACAACUAAAAGUGAAUGCAGUUGGCUGUAACUUGUGCUCGACAUUCUUUCUAGUCAUUCUUUGGAUUGAAUGCAUUUCCUAUCCUGCCACUUCCAGUAAUGUAGUUGGAUACUGCAUUAGGGGUGUUUUUAACAGAACGCCAGCUGGAAUUUGCCUAACCGGGCUUAUAAAGCAUAGCUACUGAUUGUACCUGUUUUUUUAAAAUGUGAUCUUUAUUUCCCAUGCAGGCUCCAAUGGAUAUUCCAGGAUUAAACCUCAGCCAGCAAGAGUACUACCCAUAUGUAUACUACAAAAUUGAUUGCAACCUGCUUGAUUUUAAGUAAAAUAAAGCUGUAGUUGUAUUGUUGGAUCAGAAAUGAGUAUGAAGUACAGUAACACCCUGAACCCUGUGCUUGCUCCUCAUUUCCUCUCCCAAGGUGAUUUCCCCUGUAGUUGUCAUUUGCUACUUAUUUUCUCCCUUAUUUUAAAAAACGUUCUAUAAAUAUAUUGUUGCUUUUAAUCAAUGAGAUAUUUAAAUGUCCACUGAGCAAAUCAGAAUUUAUGUAUAAAGAGAUAUAUUUAAAGUCCUGCGGUGCAAGAGCAUAUGGUCGGGCAUUGCCGAGCUAUUGCUGACAGACCAAUCAGCACAUAGGGUUAUAUGUAACACUUCAUUCCUCAUUUGUACGGUGAUCAGCAUUGAGUUGACUUGUUACCACUGCUCCUUUUAGAUCUUGUUUACAAGGGGUCAUGGUGUAAUUGUUUUAUGCCAUUCCAUUCACUGUAUUUAGUUCAUAAAUGGUGUUUAAAUGUGAAGUUGUGAUGUUAAGUCCAUGUAAUAUUUAACUUAUGUGCUUUCUGAAUGUUUCAUAAAGAUCCUAGAGCACUGUUGGUACACACAGGAAGAAUUAAAUGUACCUGUGCAAACAACCUGCGUGUGAAGUUAUUUCCUUCAAUUUAUGUUACUUUAUAAGUGAUUUUGAAUGUGUUUACAGUAGAGGAUCAAACAUAUUCAUCUGGGAAAGUGUGAUCUGCUGGAACUAGAUGUGUUGGGGGACUUGAUGGCCAUACUAACAUGACCUUAGAGUCUAAAUAACAUGGAGUAUAAAUAGACAUGAUCAUGAGGCUGAAGCUCAAAUAUUUUGGCCAUAUAAUGAGGGCAGGAUUCUCUAGAGAAGACUGAUGCUGGGAAAGAUUGAAGGCACACAAAGAAGGGGACGACAGACUGAGAUGGAUAGAUUAGGUCACUGAAGCCACAAACAUAAAGUUGCUGGAACUCAGAGGGGCAGUGACUAACAGAUGUACCUUGUGUGCUAUGGUCCAUAUGGUCACGACUGAAUGACUAAACAACAACAUAAAUACACAAACGUGGAUUGGUUUACACAAAGGGGAAGGUGCAACGAAGGAAAUAUGCUAUUACAAAAGAAAAUAAAUACACACUUUCAAUCCUAUACCAAGGCCUCCUUGCAGACUGAUCCUGUUCUGGUGACAUAACCUCCCUUUACUUAAUAGAUUAGGAUUGGCUGGUGGAGGUCUUGGGUCUCCUAGGCUGCAUAGUGAAACUCUGUAUAUUACAUACU